GAAACACCGCCGUCGUUCCUUGUCCUCGUCCGUUGUCGACGCUUUCGCUCAUCCCCUCUCUCUCACCGUCGCUCAUUGUUCUCAUCACCGCUUUCUCGCUUUCUUGCGUAUACAAACAGUAUCACUCGUCACAUAGUCCUACUACUCUAGUCCUCACCGAUUCGACCGACCACAAUGCGCACCUUCACCGCCGGCCUCCUCGUCGUGGCGCUUUUGGGCGCGUUCGCAUCCGCGGAGAACGCGCACGAAGCGCGUGGCCACCGCCGCUCCAGGAGCCUCUCUCAGCAAAGCGCGCGUUUGACCAAGCGCUUCAUCAACGCUCGCUUCACAUUCUACGAGACCGGACUCGGCGCAUGCGGCAAGACCAACACUGACGCUGACUUCAUUGUGGCCCUCAACUCGCAGCAAUACGGCAGCGGGGGAAACUGCUUUGACAUGAUCACCAUCACCGCGAACGGCAAGACUACCCAAGCCCAAAUCACUGACGAGUGCCCAGGAUGCCCGUACGGCGGCCUUGACCUAUCCCCUGGGCUCUUUUCUUUCUUCGCGGACCAAAGCGCAGGCGUCAUCUACGGCUCCUGGAACUUCGGCUCUGGCUCGGACCCGGCGCCGAGCAGCACCUCCACCACGCACUCGCCCAAGCCGACGCCGACCACGACCUCGGAGCCGCCCCCGCCAAGCACCACCUCAACCAGCGAGCCUCCCCCGCCGACCACGACCUCCAGCAAAACGCACAAGACCUCGUCCUCGUCGACCUUCACCCCCGAGACGACGACGACCUCGUCCUCGGAGGCCAUUGCGAGCACCACUUCGUUGGUCGAGAGUAUGCCGUCGUCCAGCGCGGAGCCGAGCCCGACCAGCAGUGCGAUUGAGGCGUUGCCCACCGGUACGGAUGUUGGCCAGCUCGAGCUGUUCAAUGAGGCGAUGAUGGCGCUCGGCGGAUUCCUCGUGUCUGCGGCUGGCGCUCAGCAGUGAGCAGCGACCCUGCGUGUCCCUCACUUACCCGACGGGAUCUCGGUUCGGUCGGUCGCUAGAUCCAUCGUUGGGCGGUCGCAUCGCGAAAGUACUUAUUUAUUGUAAUCGGAUACAUACUCCAGUAAUGCGC